AUGGAUAUUCGAACGCUUCAGGCCCUAAGUAAUCCUUUUGCUCGAGGUCGGAGCCCUGGAUCUUGGCACGCGCGAAUUUCCCCAAGGGUUUGCACCGACCUCAGCACUUUGCACGAUGUGCGGUACCGCCUUUCCUUUUCCAGCAUGCGAGGGAUCGAGGGCUCAACUGCGGCUGCCAUGGUCCUGCGCAUGGUUCAGGGCAAGGCUGAAGGAAGGCGGUGGCUGGUUGGUGAGAACUCCGGCGUAGAAGCGGGGACGAAGGGGCCUCCAGCACUCUUGUGA